CUUCAACUCACACCCUAAGAACCUUCUCUUUCUCUUCAUCAAUGCUACACAACACCAUAACCACUAACCAAAUUACCCUAUUCUGUCUUGUGGAUGGAGAAUCAACCUCAAACGCGUUUUCGGUCGAGAUUGACCCUACCAAGACAGUUGAUGGCCUCAAGAAGCACAUCAAGGCUGAGAAGACUCCUCCCUUUGAUGAUGUCGCCGCUGAUGAACUCACCCUGUGGCAUGUCUCCAUCGUAAUCGGAGAUGAUGAGGACGAAAAAACCAUUACACUUUCAGAACACCCAAAUGCAAAAAAGCUUCGUGCAACAAGCGAGAUCUCUGAGAUUUUCGGCACUGCACCAGAAAAGAAAACCAUACACGUCAUUGUCCAGCGGCCAUCGGCAGAUCAGUCUACUUCCACUUCGAACUUGGAGAAAAAAAGGACGGCCGAUGACUUAUGUGACUUAUUAUCGCCAGUUUUGAAAAAGAAGAGAUGGACUGUUAAUGGAGCGAUCCGAUUCAUUGAUAUAAAAUCAGUCUAUUAUGUUGACACUGCGAAGCAUGACGUGAACAGGAGAAUUUUGAGUGCUAUUACAAAUCACGAGUUAGCAAUGCAUUGGUGCACGUGCGUCUGGAAAGACAACAAGGUUGUAUGGACUUAUAACUCAACUAGCUGAAAGUGGAUACCGUUGUUUUAUUUUCAUUUGAGGAAGUUAUCAAUAAUGGGUCUCAUUUCUGGAGAGCUUUUGGAAAAGCUCUUCGCAACAACUAUGAAGUCGAUGAUAUUACAACCCAACGAGAUUUUCUCGAUGCUUUCGG